GUCUGCUGGGAGGUGUAGUUUUCCUGGCCCCGGAUUCUCGGACCACAGAAGGCUUCGAUGCAGCGGCCGCUGGCGCCAUGUCCCGGGUUCAGGUGCCCUGUCACAUCAAGGGGGCUGUGGCGCUGCAGGUGGGCGAUGUGCGGACGGUUCAGGGCCGGCCCGGCGUCCUGGUCAUCGACGUCACCUUCCCCACUGCCGGGCCCUUUGAGUUGCAGGAGAUCAGCUUUAAGAAUUAUUACACAGCCUUCUUGAGUAUCCGUGUGCGCCAGGUUGGCUCCCCGAACCACUCAUCCAACAAAUGGAUUACCUGUUUACGAGACUACUGUUUAAUGCCUAAUCCACACAACGAGGAAGGGGCCCAGGACUAUGUGUCCCUAUACAAGCAUCAGAUGCUGUGUGACAUGGAAAAGGUGCUGGAGCUGCGCCUGAUUCUGCGACAGCCAUCUCCACUGUGGCUCAACUUCACGUUGGAGGAGUUGCAAUUUUUUCAGCAUGGACCACAGAGCCCUUCAUCCGCCUUUACCAAGUGGCUCUCCCACCCAGCACCCUAUGAGCAGCCGGCUCUCCUCCUUCAGCAAGCCCUCCCUGACCCAGAUAAGGUCUCUUCGGAGGUCCAGCAGAUGUGGAUGCUGACCGAGAUGAUCCGAGCCAACCGCACUACAGCCCGGAUUGGCCGCUUUGAUGUGGAUGGCUGUUAUGACUUGAACCUGCUCUCCUACACGUGAACCCUCGAGGUCGUUUGGCCUCUGGACUUUGUUCAUGACUGAAAUGAUUACUUUUUAUUCCUGCUGAGGACCAAGGCCAUCCUCAAAGAGGCCCAUGUCCCUUGACUGCUCCCGGAGUAUCAUUCUCCUCUUUGCUUCUAGUUGAGGCUGCUAAGGCUUCUUGCUAUUGAUAAACAGCUUGAAUAGAGGCUCUGGGUGGAAAUUCUCCUAUCCCCUGGCUUCAGCCUGAACUCUGAAAUGCCAGCUUUCCCUCCUUCCCUGCCUCAGCUUCAUCAUAAAAACUCGCCAAUGUUAUUUCUUUAGAACCAAUGUGUGCAUAGUAUUGACAUGAUCUGUUCCUUUUAGUUCCUUUCACACCCCUGGACAGUUCCAGGCCUGCUUGUGUAUUGCCUUAAUGGUAGCUUGUAUCUUCCUAUCGCUUCUAAUCCUGAGUUCAUCUGGGCUUGGGAGAACUCCUCCUUUUGGCCUAACUGUUGUCCACAUACCGGUCAGCAGUAUGAGGUCUUCCAAGCAAGCGUUUUUUGUUUUGUUUUGUUUCAUUUUGUUUUGCGGGGCAGUGAGGGUAAAGUGACUUGCCCAGGGUCACACAGCUAGUAACUGUCAAGUGUCUGAGGCAGGGUUUGAAGUCAGGUUCUCCUGAAUCCAGGGCUGCUGCUUUAUCUACUGCACCACCUAGCUGCCCCAAGCAAGUGUUUUUAAGAGCCUACUAUAUGUCCCACACUGGGCUAGGAGCAGGGACAUACAAAGACAGAAGACUCUGCCCUCAAAGAGCUUACAUUCUAAUGGUGAAGAAGACAUGGACAUAUAUAGGUGCAUCCAAAAGAUACUAAUUUGAGCCGGUUCUCUACCUCUUACCUGGCUCCAGCCUAAGUCCAAACCUGAAUUGAAUAUCUUGGUCUUUGGAAGCUUUAGGAUUUGUCUUAAUCAUGGGAAACAGUAGCCAUUAUCUAAAUUAUAGUCCAGAGUAGACAGAGGGCCCAAAGGUACUUGGGAGAGGAGCCCCCAUUUCAUCAUCUGAGCUGACUAGAAUCUUUCUUGAGCACCCUGAGAGCCUGCAGGUUGUUAGUUACAAAGCAACUUCUCUUUUCCUAGUCAGAAUAUGCAAACUGGGGGCAGCUAGGUGGAGCAGUGGAUAAAGCACCAGCCUUGGAUUCAGGAGGACCUGAGUUCAAAUCUGACCUCAGACACUUGACACUUACUAGCUGUGUGACCCUGGACAAGUCACUUAACCCUCAUUGACCUGCCAAAAAACCCCCAAACAAACAGAAUUUGCAAGCUACAGAUUGGAGAAAAGAGAGAGGGGAGUUAAGACAGAGAGCUGCAGCUGGAUGGACUGGGGCUUGUCUUAGGUCUACUUUACUCCUCCUUCUGUGUCUCCCUCUCUAUCUCUGUCUCUUCGGGUCCUCUCCCUCUUUCCCCUUGCCCUGUCUGACAGCCCAGCAGAUGCUGAAUUUAUGCAGAGCGAAGCAGACAUAUCUACUGUCUAAUCCUGAAAGUUCUAUGCCAUGCUAUCUUGGCACUUUGAGAGGGACCAUUUUUGAGUAUACUGCUUCCAGUAGGUAGCCAACUUCCCUACUGUGAUUAAAAAACAUUAUAUAUUAUCCCA